AUGAAUAUAAACGAAAAGCUGGAAGGCAAAAGGACCCUCAAGUGCCCGGGUUGCAAGAUCCUUCACAAGUUGCACAUGUUUGGCAAACCAGGUCCGCAUAGAGGAUGACCCACAUCCACCGCAGCCUGACGAUGCAAAGGAGCUUGCCAACGCUCAAAAGCCUUAAGGCUCCAAGACCGAAGAUAAACUGGCAGAGAUGGCCGCAGGCAACGUUGCUGAUGAAGAUGAAGCGGCCUUGGUAGCACAAUUAAAGGCCCUUCAGGUCACCGAAGAGUCGCUACAAAAGUAGGAGAAUGGCAGACCUUAAACGACAGAUCCAGGAGGCCGAACUCUGUAUAGCUUCCCUGACACCUGGUUACAUGAAUGGCGCACCACCUCCAGAACUACCGCUCGACUCAUUGCUGGCGGGGCAAAAUACUUUGGCGCUGUUUUCUGAAGCAAGUGUCGGAGUAAGUGGAGUGAAUGCCGGCGUUGGCGCCUCAGGCAAUCUAGGUGAAUCUCUGGAUGGUCCCCUUAAGACUCCACAAGCAAGUCAGGAGUGCUUGAUGUUCCUCAAGUCGGCGCAGCUAGCCAAGAGUGAGCGUGUAUUACAUAUAAUUGAUUUCGUAGACAAACUCAUCCCUACGUCUGACGAGCGGACAAUUAUUUUCGGAAGCUGGGUUUACAAAACGUUUAGUUUCCUAUAGACCUAAGAAGCCUAAAUUAGACAACAUUACUUUGUCUCAAUGGGUGAUUGGUAAUACUCGAAUAUUUUUCACCUUAUUGCAAUUAUGUAAGCUGCCUUCUCUGCAAGAUGUGCAGCAUUAUUUAGAGUACACCAUUAAAAUUAUUGAGUAGUAGGUUUACCUGGGUGUCCGUGCUCAGGUCAAUUACGGGCAAUCUAUAACUACCCGUGGAGCUACGACUCCACUCAUUUGCGUGCUGUUCUCCUUGAACCGAUCUCAACUCCCCCUGAGGCAUCCAAAAGUGCACGUCUUGCUAAUGCUCCUUUAGGCAAUAAUCCAAGCUCUUUAUUUGCUAACUUUACCCCGGAUGGUAGAGUUAUCUGUAGAAAUUACAAUAAAUCUAAGGGCUGUAGUCUUUUUGACUGCAGUUUUGUAACCGUAAAGUAAAUGGCAAAGCAUGUGCUCUGUCCCAUCCCUUCCACUCUCAUCAGGGCACCCCUAAUGUCACCUCCCCUAUUCCCUCCCUCCCCCCAGGGCCCCAGUGACUACCCAUCUCCUCCCCAUUAAACAUUGGUCUUUGGCUUGCAGAAUUAAGCAAUGAUGAGGAUGGCAGUUUCCUCAUCGAUGGCAUUAUUAAUAGCUUCCAACUGGCACCUAAAGGUAUGCAGUUUGCACAAGCAGAGAUAAACAAUUACAAGUCGGCCACUAAAACCCACAGCUAAAACCUCAGUAGAGCGCAAAAUUUCCAAGGGUAAUUAUGUUGUUUCUAAUUCCAAACCUACCAUUAUUAGUGCAUUAGGAACAAUUCCUAAACCAGACUCUUCAGAGGUCCGCCUCAUUCAUGACUGUUCUCGACCCCAGGGGUGGGCUUUAACGACUACAUGGAUACCCACUCGUUCAAAUUUCAGACCCUAGAUGAUGCAAUCAAAAUGCUUAAGCCUAACUAUAUUUUGCCCAAGAUUGAUUUUCCACCGCUUAACACAGUCUGCACACAGAAUGAUGGCUAGGCGUGGUUUCAAUUCAGUUAUUGUUUACUUGGAUGAUUUCUUGGUGAUUGCUCCUACUCGUGAGGCAUGCCAACUCUCCUUCUUCACCUUACUAGAGCGGCUGCAAGAUCUGGGAUUUUCCAUUAGUUGGAACAAAGUGAUUGAACCUACUCAGAAGCUGGUUUUCUUGGGUGUUGAACUGGACACCCAACAUUGCCAACUGACCCUCCCAAAACAGAAGCUAACUGAGCUGCAAUCAUUGGUCACCUCCUUCCUAUCCAAACGUAGGGCAAACAAAAAGCAGUUACAACAGCUUGCUGGAAAGUUAGACUGGGCUUGUUGUGUGACAGAUCUUAGAUAUGAUGAAUUCUCUCCAGUCCCCUUCAGCGAAGGCACGGCUCUCUGCUGACUUUUAUGAAGACAUCCAAUGGUGACAUUCCUUUUUGCAAGUUUUCCAUGGCCAACGCCCCUUUCUUCUUGAGCAGCCCACUACUGACGUGUACACCAAUGCCUGCGGCACUGCUGCUGGUGCAUUCUUCCGAGGCGACUGGCUUUACCAUCAUUUUCAGAGUGACUCCCCAGUGCUUGCAGAUCUCCAUAUUAACUACAAGGAGUUUCUUGCCCAAGUCUCCGCAGCAUUUCGGUGGGGUCAUUCAUGGGCCAAGCAGCAUAUUAUAAUUCACUGUGAUAAUUUAGCAGCUGUUUAUAUUAUCAAUAAAGGGAGUACUGCCCAUCCUCUUAUUAUGCAUGCGCUUAGACUCCUGUUUUGGCUUUCAGCAAUUUACAAUUUUAGGUUCAUUGCUGUUUAUGUCCAGGGUCACCUCAACACCACUGCGGAUGCAGUGUCUUGCUUACAUGAACCUAGCAAAUGUGUAGCCUUCUACCAUCAUCUCCAGCAGGUGCAACCACGCGAACCUCCUAACAGCACACCGCUCACCCAGCAUAUGUCCUUACACAGCUGCAAUUUCCUUUUUUUCCGGGGUCCAAGGACCCCCAACUGGCACAGCAACUUCAAGAAGAAAUGUAUCAGUACUGCUUUCACACCUUUGCUGGGGGCACUAAAGCAUCGUAUCGCACCCACAGGACUAGUUAUCUGCGGUUUUGUGAGCAUAUGGGUUACCCUCCCCUCCCAGCCCAAUCUUCCCAUCUUUGUCAGUAUACCGCCUUUUUAGCUUGCAGUCUCAAAGCCACUUCUGUUCCAAAUUACCUCAAUAUUAUUCUCGGCUUGCACUGUCACGCAAUGAAAAAUAAAAAUGCAAACCAUUCAAUACAGAAGGACUAGAAUCUGGGAAAUGAAAAAAGAUAAAUAUACAAAAACCCUUGCCAAGAAUAAGGUCUGUGAAAUAUUUCAAAUGCGAGAUAUUGAGAAAAACGGUUUACCUAAAUUUAUAAAGCUUUGUAUGGAAACGCCAUGUUGGUGUCCCUUUCUGGAACACCAAUAUGGCCGCCGGAUACCAACAGAAACAUCUGUUUUCGAGUUUUCCUACUAAUGCGUGAAUUCUUCGCUUGAGGAACUCAUAAAGAUUACAGUAAUAUUUAUUCUGAGACAAGGAAUGUUUAGAUUUCAAAAUUUCCCAAAAUCAGUAAUGUUUUUAACCCACAUAUAAAGAGUUUUCCCGGCCGCCAGCUAAAUGCCGCGUCACGCAAAAGCCUGGAAAUUCAAGCGUCUUCUCUCGCAAAACGAAGAACCCUUUCGAACCAAAAAUUUGUUUAUAUAAAGCUGUUUAGGUACUGUAAUACCUCGUGAAAGUAGAAACUCAGAAGAGUCGAUAGUUUCUUAGUUUCAUUUUUAAUGACGUCACGUGCAACCCAAGAAUUGGUAUUCUACAUAAGGAAUCUAACCUGCCUAAUCCCCUUCUUGGCAAUUGGCCAUUACAGUCUCUGGGAUUAAGUGUGUCAAGGGUAUGCAACCUGCCCAAAAACAACCCAUUACCCCUAGCAUUUUGGGUCAAAUUUAUUCGCACCUCAACAUGCGCUCUAGUUUUGAUGCCUGCUUCUGGGCUAUAUGUUUGGUAUCAUUUUUUGGUAUGCUUCGCAAAGCCAUCUCCUUGUUAAAUCGGCCCGUUCCUUUGAUGCUUCUCAGCAACUCUUGCGUUUGGAUUUUACAUUUUAUCCCUGGGAAGGUUUAGUCACUAUACGGUUGAGUAAAACUAUCCAAUUCUGUGAGUGGGUGGUAUGUCUCCCCCUCCCUUUUAUACCAGACUCCCCCAUUUGCCCUGUUACAGCAGUCAAACGGACUAUGCUCUGAGGCAUCGCCUGACUCCCAGGCUUUCGCUUUUCUUCGCUCCCCAGACCUCAUCCUCAUGCAUUAAUUUCUCUUAUCCCUUGUUUUAAAAAAAGUUGCGUACCAUUCUCUCUGCCAUUGGGCUCUCAGCCACUCCUUCUGCAGGGGAGGGGCCUCCUUUGCCUUCUAGUCCAGGGUUCCUGUCAAACUUAGUAAAAUGCUAGGGGAUUGGCAUUCGGAUGCUGUGCUACUUUACCUUACAGUCCCUCUUUGUAUUAGAUUACCAUCUGUUAACACCAUUGCUAAGUCCAUUCUCACUACAAACAUUUCUCCUCCACAACCUCCACAAUUUGGGUUUGGAGUGUAACUAGUUUUAUGACCUGUUUCAUUUUAAUAUUGUACCUAUAUUUGAGUGAUUACCUAUUUACAUGUUGUAAUAAAGGCUGUCAUAGUCCCAAUCCUGUCUAGGGUUGUGAUGCUGUGGUAAAUAUCAAACAUGGGGGUACUGGGACUAAGACAGCCUUUACCUUAGUACAAGUUUACAUUAUAACAUAGCUAGAAAAUUCGCCUAAUCAAAUUCAAUAGCGCGAGCGUGCUUCAUAUUCCUAUUGAGCACGCUGAUGACGUCAAUAAACUAUUCGUAAUUCCUCGAGUUGUUGUGAGCUUAGCAAUCCUGAGUCUCUUGAGUGCAUCCAUAACUCAGCAAUAGACAAUGAAGCGUUUACCAUGUGUUUUGUAAAGAAAUUUAAGAGGAAACGUUUGAAUUUGUUAACCGAUAGUAAGGAAAAGAGGUGAGUGUUGUUGUUGUUGUUGUCAUCUCCGCGAGCUGUGCGGGCUAUGGCGUGAGCUCAUUCUUUGCAAAGUUGUUUUCUCUCAAUAACAAUUUUUCGGUAAAUUAAUAGUUUUCCGGCACCUAAAUAUGGAUUUUACAAUCAUUUUAGAGUACACUUUCUCUCAGUUUCAGGAUAAAAACAUAAGAUUAACUGUGAGGAAAAAAGAUAUAUUCACGUAAACAUUGACGCGUACUGCUUUGAGCGCGCCCUUCAAUAAUAAAAUUUUCAGUUAACUGCUGCAUUGAUCGCUUUGAUAAUGUUAUAAAACAAUUAGUUCAUGCUGCAGCUGUGCGUAUGUCGAGAUAUUGAGCACUUGGGAAGUUUGGAGAGCACUCAAGAGGCUAGAGUUGCACUCGGCUGCGCCUCGUGCAACUCUUACGCCUCUUUCGUGCUCUCCAAACUUCCCGCGUGCUCAAUAUCUCGACAUACGCACGCUGACGCAUGAACUAAUUGUUAAUUGAUAGAGUACUAUUCCAUCUGGCAUAUCAAGUUAUUUUACUCGCGAAGUAUCCAGUGCUUUUACGAUCAGCUUUUGUACUCAAUGCCAGUAAAAGUACUAACACACUUGUAUAAAUUCAGGGCCCAGCAUCUUAUAACUCACUUGCAAGAUAGCUCGGCUAGCAAACAGUCAUAAGUAGCCGCAUUCACUAGUUUUCCCACCCUACCCUCCCUGGGUAGUUUUUGGUUGUAUAUUCAUUUCCUUAAGGCUGGCAGUCUUUCUGUUUUUACAAAUUAUGUAUACCUUUGUUUGUUCCAUUUGAGUGUAACUAGUUUUAUUACCUGUUUCAUUUUAAAAUUGUACCUAUAUUUGAGUGAUUACCAAUUUACAUGUUGUAUUAAAGGCUGUCAUAGUCCCAAUCCUGUCUGUGUGAUGGUUGGUAUUUAGCCCGUACAGCAUUGUAGUCAUUUCCAAAAUUAAGUAUUAUCCUUAUACUGAGCUCGAUCUAAAUUACAGAAUAUCAGCUGAUGGCCCUCUCCCAUGGAUAAGAUAUAAGAUUGUGAUGUGAGGUUCGUUUGUGAAUGACACCAAGUAAAAUUUAAAAGUCUUGAUUACUGAGGCACUUACUUCCAUGGUCACGAAAAUUUAAAAUCCAGAAUCGUUGAGGUUUUAUCAGACUUCUUCAAAGGUCUCUUGAAAAUUAAACGUCUGUACACGUUUCCCGGCAUAGUAAAUCGAACGUUCGAAAAUCGAACUCAAUCGAACUCAAUCGAACUCAAUCCGUGGAUUGAGUUCGAUUGAGUUCGGCAAUCGAACGAAAUCGAACACCACACUUUCAGUGAGUUCGAUUUCCGAACAAAUCGAAUUCAAUCGAACAAAUCGAACUCAAUCGAACUCAAUCCGUCUGAUUGUGUUCGAUUGAGUUCGGAAACCGAACUCAAUCGAACACAAUUAAAUGGAUUUCGUUCGAUUGGCUCUGGUGAACCUAUACAAAGCAAGCCCAAAGCAAGCCCGUCAAAGCGAGUUUUUCUUGCGCUUUUUUAACUAUUUAUUCACGAGUUCCUUUACAGUAUACAUUCAAUGCUUCGGCUCGCCUUGUUGAAAACUUUAGGAUAAUUGGGACAUUGAUACCACCUCCUCUUUGCCGGCGACCUUUAGGAUCAUCAAAUGGUGGCCCACAGACCCUACUAAAGGUGAAAAGUAUGCAUAAGUUUUGCUUCCCCUGUUUUUCAUAAGGGUUGCACAAUAUUAACUACUUGAGGCAAAUUAAUAUAUUCGCGAAUCCCUUACAAACAUCUUCACUUACCAAGUUAUCGAAGCAUUUACAGGCCACAGGGAAGCAACCAGUUCACGUUGAAGGUGACCUAAUUGUCCGCGCUCGUUUGCAAUUCGGAAUUAAGGCACGGCCUUUCUCGCCUAUUUUCUUUAAAACCCUGAAAACUUCGCCAUCCUUGACAUCAAAGCGGCAUUCCUAGUAGCCUUUGACUAUACAUUUGAAGCUUACGAUCCACAACGCAUCUGAAGCCAUUUCUGCGGAAUUUCUUCGUUUACGAAAAACACGUGCGCUACACUCAGGGCUGAAGUAGCUCGAGCUUCUAAGAUCUGGUAAUGGAUUUUCAACGUCUGUUUUACAUAAAUCACGAGUUCGAAAAUCGAACGUUCGAUUGGGUUCGAUUGAUUUUUUUUCUUUUCGGUGAGUUCGAUUUCGUUCGAUUGCCGAACUCAAUCGAACUCAAUCCACCGAUUGAGUUCGAUUGAGUUCGAUUUAGUUCAAUUUAAAUUUAGUUCGAUUGGGUUCGAUUUACUAUGCCGGGACGUUUCCAGCCUGGUGGAGUUUUCUUCUUGAUAGUCGCAGCGCAAAGAAAUUUAAUUUGACUGAAACGAGCCAUGGCAUUUUUGUUUUUAAUUAUCGCGUGCUUCAAACUUAGGCAAAAUGAAGAUCACAACAUACUCAGUAGUUUACUGAAUAGUUUAGCUUUAUGUAAUAUACAGUGAAACCUGUAUUAAGCGAACACCCUGGGGGAAUGCUUUAGUGUCCGGUUAACACAGGGUGUCCGCCUAAUACAGGUUUCGAUAGAUAACGUUAUAUGAGAUGUCAAAUACCAUUCAAGUGAACAGUGGAAAUGUUAAGAAUACUCCCAGAGACUUUGACGAUAUACGUUUGCAUUAAUUUCUUUACCAAAGUGGACCAAUUGAUCAUAGUACCAUAAACAUAGAUUGCAACUCAAAUUUGAAGAAAUCAGAUGAGUGAAACAAGCUCUAUACAAACAAAACGAAAUAGAAAACAAUACUGUACUGUGAAACUAAUCAAAUAAGUUCGUCAAGUCACGUUUUUUAAUGUAAAAAUCGAAAAAUUUGUGGGUGGUAAUUCGAGGUAAUCUUUCGCAUUUCCGGUGUCUGGCAUGUUGGGUGGUGGAAUUUGAUUACAAGUGUCCGUUUAUAUGUGGUUUUCAUGCAAUCCCGGGAGACUCAUCUCAUGCCAUAACGAGUUCCCCCGAAAGUAGUGUUGGCAAAUCCCGAUAGAUUAGUCCUCCCCCCCCGCCCCCCGAGAAAAUAACGACCCUCCGAUAGUAGCGGCCACAAAAGUAAUUUUUUGCAAGAAAUAAGGAUAAUGAUAGAUAAUAAGCCACACUGAGUAGGUUCUCGGAAUACCGUAGCCUCAAUAAAGUUCUCCGCGGAACGUCAACGGCUACGAAAACGUCACUGCUUCAAACUUCAUCGCGCUUAUUCCAUCUCGUUCAGUUUGUCCAAUCUUGGCAUAUUUUUCUGGAGUUGGAUUCCAGAGGGCUGUACCGAAGUUCAGGAAAAGGAAAAGAAAGUCGUUGUCUUGUGUUCACGCCCUCGACAAAACGUGAAAUUAGGAAGUUUGACGUCGUAGUCGUGCAGUGACAGCAAAGAAAUAUACAAAAAAGCGUCAUGCACGUGCAAAGUUGUUGUUUUUCUAAUCUAUUUUAAUAGGUUGAUUAAAAUUGCUUUUUUUGCCGUUCUCGUUACCGUCGCCGUCGUCGUUGCUUAAGCUCCCUAAUAAUACCGUAACUUUGAACAGCCCAUGUACAGUAUACCAAACACGUUUUAGCCACCCGAAAGUAGCGAUCCCCCUACACUAACCCAAAACAAAUCUGAGAGAAACAAUUUUAAAGCCAAGUUCUGUCAAAGUCCGGUUCAUUGAUAUUUUAGAUCUUACACUAGCAAAUGUAAUAACAUUUAACUUAAAGUUGCAAUUGUAUGCAAUCCUAGACGCUUGUCUUAAAUAAAUAAAUAAAUAAAGCUUUCUGUUAUUAUUUGUCGAGACUGAAAACUGGCAUUGGGUCACGUACCCGUUAUUUUUCAGAUUUUUAGCUAUUUUCAUAGGUAUUGAGCUAAAAAACAUUCCAGCGUUCUCUCUACUACUAAUUUUAACAUCAACUUUCUUCUCAUCGCCUUCACCGUCCGUACUGAAACGUGUUGUAAUCUUCAGAAUCUUCCAAGAGCUCUUGUCCCGCCACGUGAGAUAGCUUCAUUGCUCGAAUCUUUUUUCCCGCUCUGAGGUCUGGUAACGCUUCUUUGUUAAUCUGAAUGUUCAUCAUCAUCAUCAGUUUUAUUUGUCCAUUAUAAAUUACAUUUUUACAACUGUACUGUUCUUGUUUCUUGUUAUCUGCUAUAACAAUGCAAUAUAAUAGCAGGAGAUCUCGGCAAGCGCUAUUGAGCUUCACCACGGAUGUUGGCUAUUUAGAGGUUGAUUUCACUGUUGAUUAACCAAUGUUUACAGCAAGUGCCAAUGAAUGGGGGCCCGUCCUUCGGCGUAAAACUGUGGCAGAAACUGUUGACUCAUAAACUUACAGCUAAACUUAUGAGUUUCUGGCUGUGCCCCGUUGCAUGAUGCUGGUGUGAGAAUUCGAACGGUUCCCAGAUAUUUGCAUAGCUACAAUUUUCGCAUACAGUAUUCUUUAUUUUCUGUUUUUUUUUUUCUCUUUAGGUAUAGACUUUAAGUUAAGAACUAUUGAGCUUCAUGGAAAGAAGAUUAAGUUGCAGAUGUGGUAUGCUAGUUUCAAUUGAUCUUUUUAUACUGGCUUUUACGACUGUUUUACGAUUGUCGGCUCAAGUUGCAUAAGUUUUGCGGGCUUUUUUAUCGCUAAGGGCGGGUUAUUCUUUACCAUUACAGUUAACAAAAGUUAAAAAGUAAUUUCUUUUACUGGUGAAUAGGAAUAAACAUUUAUUCUUUAUAAUUCAAAGCAAAACCACCUUGGGAGUUCCCUGUUAGCAAGAGGCCUUUUUUCCUUGGCAUUCGGCUGGGGUUGGGUGGGGGCAAGGGGGGUGGGUUGUCGGGGAAGCCCGCCGAAUACAAGAGAGAGUGAGCUCAUUAUCUCUUGCUGAAAACCAUAGAAAAGAGGCCUCUGCUAGCCGGGAAUCUCGGGAAGAAAUAAGUAAUUAUGGGCUUCUGUUGGGGUAUACUAUUAAAGCUUGGAAAUAACAAUAGAGUGACACAAUAAACUACUGAGGCUUCCGGGAAAGGAAGGUCAUGUUCCCUCAUAUUUGAAGUAUCACACUAUGCGCCUCCUUUCUAGUAAAGGACCCUCUACGAUUCAAAGGGGCUGGGAGCAUUCCCUCAUCAGUCAAUUCUUAAUGCCUGCAUAUACCUGUUGGAAGAAACGUUUUUGAUUAAAAACUAUAAACUACGAACUACGAGGCUUCAAGGAUUUCUGGGCGGGUAUUAGCAAAACAAAUCCACAAGUUUCUCUAGAAGAGCUUACAUUAUCCUGAUUAUCACGAGCUUCUCGUGCAAAUAUAGAUCCCAGGAUUACUUUGUUUGAGACAUGCCGGCUUCUUUUAGCUCAUCCAGAAAACUAUUCGAUCUUAUCUCGUUGAUUUUCAAG